UUUUGUCAUUGGUGAGAUAUCCGAACCCACUUACCCGACCCACUCGUGAACUGAACUCCAAUGAUGAACCCGCGUAUAACUAUCCAUUGUUUCACCUGAAUCUGAACCUCAACGCACCGUCGUCAUCAUCAUCGUCGCCGUCUCCAGAAUCAUGGCCGCGUUGAAUGAGCUUCUUCCUCAACCGAAAUCAUCUUCCGCCACUUACUACGACCACAGCAAUGACCCAUGGUUCAAGCAGAGGUUCACCUCGUCAGAGGAAGAAAAGGCCUCUGCUGCGAUCAAGCAGAAGCAGGUGCCGCCAUACCUGAAGCGCGCCGGUUUUGUUCCCCGAAGGGUUGAGGAUUUCGGGGAUGGCGGAGCAUUCCCUGAGAUUCAUGUGGCACAGUACCCUCUUGACAUGGGAAGGGACAAGUCAUCAAAACCCGGUUCCAAGAUUCUUCCUGUGACCGUCGACGCUCACGGGAAUGUUGCCUAUGAUGCCAUAGUGAAGCAGAAUGAGAACGCUAAGAAAAUCGUGUACACGCAGCAGAAGGAUCUAAUACCGAAGAUAUUGAAGAACGAAGAAGAAUAUGGUGACAUGGAUGAGGAUGAGGAUGUGCAGAAAGAGAUUGAUGAAACCAUGCAGGAAACUAAAGCUGCUCUUGAGAAGAUAGUUAAUGUGAGACUCAGUGCGGCGCAGCCUAAAAAUGUUCCCAAGCAAUCCUCUGAUGCUAAGUAUAUCAAGUACAAGCCUUCACAGCAAAGCGCAGCUUUCAAUUCGGGGGCAAAGGAGAGGGUGAUUAGGAUGAUGGAGAUGCCCGUGGAUCCGCUCGAGCCUCCAAAGUUUAAGCAUAAGCGUGUUCCUAAGGCUUCUGGCUCCCCUCCGGUGCCAGUGAUGCAUUCACCUCCGAGGCCUGUUACUGUGAAGGAUCAGCAAGAUUGGAAGAUACCCCCUUGCAUUUCAAAUUGGAAGAAUCCGAAGGGUUACACGAUUCCUCUUGACAAGCGUCUUGCAGCUGAUGGGAGAGGCCUUCAGGAGGUUCAGAUCAAUGAUAAUUUUGCUAAGCUUUCAGAGUCAUUGUAUGUUGCAGAGCAGAAGGCUAGGGAAGCUGUUGCCAUGAGGUCUAAGGUCCAGAAGGAGAUGCUUCUGAAGGAGAAGGAAAGGAAGGAACAGGAGCUGAGGGCUCUGGCUCAGAAAGCUCGUUCUGAGAGAACUGGUGUGGCCCCUCCGGCUGCUGUUUCUUUUCCUCCUGAGAAGAGCAGUGUGGAUGAUGCUGACAUGAGAGUUGAUUAUGAUCAUCCAAGGGAUAGGGAGAAGAAUUUCCCGAAGGAGUCAAGGGAAGAGAGGGAGGAUCGGCUGCAGCGCGAGAAGAUUCGUGAGGAACGACGCAAGGAGAGAGAAAGAGAGAGAAGAUUGGAGGCUAAGGAUGCUGCAAUGGGGAAGAAGAGCAAGAUCACAAGAGAUAGGGAUCGUGAUAUAAGUGAGAAAGUUGCUCUUGGUAUGGCUACUGCAAAGACAGGGACAGAGGUCAUGUAUGAUGAACGGCUAUUCAACCAGGAUAAAGGGAUGUCAUCUGGGUUUGGCACUGAUGAUCAGUAUAAUGUGUAUGACAAAGGCUUGUUUACUGCGCAGCCAACACUCUCAACCCUGUAUAGGCCAAAGAAGGAUGUUGAUAACGAGACUUAUGGAGGUGCCGAUGAACAGCUAGAGAAGAUUAUGAAGACUGAUCGCUUUAAGCCAGACAAAGCAUUUUCAGGUGCUUCUGAAAGGGCAGGUCCAAGGGAUAGGCCGGUUGAAUUUGAGAAUGAAGAAGCUGAUCCAUUUGGUCUGGAUCAGUUCUUGACAGAGGUCAAGAAGGGUAAGAAGGCCAUGGAGAAAGUGGGUGGUGGAGGAACUAUGAAAGCAAGUGCUGGAUCUUCAAUGAGGGAUGGUUACGAGGGAGGUUCUAGUAGGACUCGCAUUGGAUUUGAAAGGGGACAUUGAGGAGCUUAGAAUUAAAUGAUGCAUAUUUCUCAUGCUGAGUACUGAGUAUUCACAGUGGUGGCUUAGGUUGGUAUGCCUUGAAACGAAUAGUUGGGAUGAUGUGGUUGUAGCACUCACGUUUUGGCCACUCCCACCCUCUUCCCCUGGAGCUCGUCUUUUAGGUGGUGAAAUAAACUGUUCUUGUAUUCUAUUUCUGGGUGUUGGUGACAAUUUAUCUUUCAGUAAGUUAUAUUGAGUUAUUUGUAGUUCAAAGUAGAUCUUCUCUAUUUGAACUUUGAAGCUAUAGUUUGGCUUUGUGAUGUAAAAUGGUUGUCCAAAGUUUUAACAGCGUUGCAGGAUACCCUUCUGAUA